AUGGAUCGCUCCACGAAACCAAGCUUCAACUUUGUGAACCUCACACACCCCGACGAUCUCAAAAAUGAAGAAACGCAACUGCGCAUUCGACGUCUAGCUAUGACUGAGGUCGGUAAAGCGAGAAGAAAACCCAAAACGAAGAGGGCGCGCAACGAAAUCGUCCUUGAGUUUCGCAAUCCGUCGGAGAGUCGCGUCGAUAUUGACCGGUUUGGUGGCGGUCAGCUUGAUCCCUUUAACCCCUACCCCAUCGAACUUGACGACUCUUGUCGAGCGCUACUAGCGAACAUCUUUAGUACCGAAGACAGCAAUCAUCCUAGCCAGCUCCGUGGCUCCUGGUACCCCGUUGGACUUAGCGAUGCGGCAGCCUUUAACAACAUGCUUUCCAACUCACAAAACUUCUUGUUCCAGAGGCGCAACGGAUAUUACCCUUCAAAAGAUGAUGCCAUAGCGUUGAAAUAUCACAACAAGGCGCUUCGCCACACCACCCAGAUGAUGAACGAUCCGGCGAAGCGCACGAGUGAUGAGGCUAUAGGUGCUGUGGUUUCUUUCAUGAUCCAUUUUGCUCUAUUGGGGAACUUUACCAGCAGUGAUUGGCAGAAACAUAGUAACGCACUAGUCAGGAUAGUGGGACUCAGGGGCGGAUUUGAUGCCAUUGAGAAAGAGCACUUACGAGUUACGAUCAGCUGGGCAGACCUCAUAGGAAGCUUCUAUCAAGACCACCCUCCUAUUGUACCAAUGCCACGACAAUGGAUAGUGGACUCGAAAUCUCCACCGAACUCCCCACGGACGUGUAACGGCAUAUCGUUAGUCUGGAAACAGCAGCUACCAAUGCAGCUUGACUUUGUCACCAUCUUUGAUGAUAUAGUCCAAUUGAUCUCUCUUGAUAGAGCUUUCAAUGAGCAGCAGUUGAUGCUUGCGAUUACGAGCGGUAGCUGGCUAGAACCAACAAUAUACCGCCUCUUAGCUAUUCGUCCCCUAAACCACGGUAACGCCAGAGAGAACGUAGUUGAAGAGGUUUGUCGACUUGGAACCCUACUCUUCUUGGCACCAGUUUGGAGAAGCUUUGGUCAAUCACCAGUAUGGACGGCGGCUAUAUCGCGCAAUCUCCUCCUUGUACUCACGAAAAACAUGGUCGAAUGGAACGACUUGAAGCCUUUGCUCAUCUGGGUGCUCUACGCCGCCGCAAUCGAAACCAAGGAUCUGGCAGAACGUAGCCAGUUCGUUUUCAUGCUUGGCAUCCUGAUGAGUGGCAUGCAGCUGCAGGCGUGGGAUGAUAUUAUGUUGAUUGUGAAAAGCGUAUUGUGGGUGGAAAAGGUUUUCGCAGGUACUGAUGAGUUGAUUCGCGACGAGGUUAUGCAGAUUGUCAACCACGAUCCUAUGAACAUGUUCCCGGUUGAAACUACGCCGCCGCCAAGUUUCUUGGACGACCUUGCGGCGGAAACAGGAUAG